GAACCAUAAUUUUAUUUCCUAUAUUUUCUGGAUUAACUUAGUCAAACAUAAUGUCUCUAGUUAAUGAUAAAGAAAAUAUUACCAAUGCAAUUAAUAGUGUUCACAUUAAGUCUCCCGUUAAAAAUACUGUUUUAACUCCGCGUAACGGUAACGUGACCGAGGAGAAAAUGGAAGUUGAGAAAAAUGAAAACACCACGACGACGGAGUUUGAUCCACAACUGGAACCAUUGCUUCGGGACAACCCAAGACGAUUUGUAAUAUUCCCCAUUCAGUAUCCCGACAUAUGGAAAAUGUAUAAGAAGGCAGAGGCAUCAUUUUGGACGGUGGAAGAAGUGGAUUUAUCAAAGGAUUUAUCAGACUGGGAUACACUGAAAGACUGCGAACGACAUUUCAUCAAACAUGUGCUAGCAUUUUUCGCAGCGUCAGAUGGAAUAGUCAAUGAAAACCUAGUAGAAAGAUUCUCACAAGAGGUCCAAGUGACGGAAGCUAGAUUUUUUUAUGGGUUCCAGAUUGCUAUGGAAAAUGUACAUUCUGAGAUGUACUCCUUACUUAUUGACACAUAUAUCAGGGACCCGAAAGAAAGGGACUUCCUGUUCAAUGCCAUUGAGACCCUGCCCUGCGUGAAGAAGAAGGCCGACUGGGCAUUGCAGUGGAUCGCCAGCAAGACUGCCACAUUCGGAGAACGCAUUGUGGCUUUUGCAGCAGUCGAAGGCAUCUUCUUCUCGGGCAGUUUUGCUUCCAUCUUCUGGCUGAAGAAGAGGGGGCUCAUGCCUGGGCUUACUUUCAGCAAUGAACUGAUUUCUAGAGAUGAGGGUCUUCACACAGACUUUGCUUGCCUGAUGUUCAAGCAUUUGGUACAAAAGCCGAGCAAGGAGCAUGUGCUGAAGAUCAUCAAAGAUGCAGUGGUGAUUGAGCAGGAGUUUCUCACAGACGCCCUGCCUGUUCGUCUGCUCGGCAUGAACUGUGACCUGAUGUCGGAGUACAUAGAGUUUGUGGCUGACAGGCUGCUGGUAGAUCUCAUUGGGGAGAAGCACUACAACACAAAGAACCCAUUCGACUUCAUGAACCUGAUCUCCUUGGAAGGCAAGACAAACUUCUUUGAGAAGAAAGUGGGCGAGUAUCAGAAGUGGGGGGUCAUGGCUAACCGUAUGGACAAUGUGUUCACUCUGGACGCUGAAUUUUAGAUUCUAAGACAGUGCCUAGUCUGUGUUGACUGGACAUUACAGUAUUAACUAUUCCAAUGAUAAAAUAAGCGCUAAGAUCUUUGUAUCGGUUGAACCGAAUAUCAUGUGACUAUAUACGUGUACCUGCAAUCCAUAGUGCCUGGAGGUGGAUCAGAGAGGAUUGAUUGUGAAUGACUGAUUUAGACUACAAUUUAAUUCACAGUCAAUAAUUACGCCUUUGGACAUUUUUCUUAAAAUGAAAAUGUAUAAAUAAAACUUAAUUAUACGAAAUAAUGAAACUUAAUUUACAACAGAACAAAAUUUUAAAAAUUCACGAAUAUAAAAUGCCAAGACAUUAUUUUUAUUGCCAUAAUUUCUUUAUUUUUGACCAAUAUAUUUUCUUGACUUAGCCUUUCUGACACAUUUUGCAACUACUUAAGAUUAUAGAGAUAUCUGUAUUUUGAUGAAUUGAUAAGGAAUAUCAAUUAAAUAUAAUUAUAUGCUUAAUAUGCAUUUAAGUUUAAGAUUUUGCAAGAUUUUUUUAACUCUUUACGUUGUAAAUUUAGAUAUAAUCAUUGGAGAAUGAUUUGUAUUUGUGUGAUAGUAACUAUAUGUAAGACAAUAAACUUAAUUUCAAUCCUAAACAAUUUGUUUCGUAUUUCGCUAGUACCUGGGUGUACAUUUGGGUCGUGAAAGGUUAAAUAAAAAGAAAAAAAUAUAACAAAUCAGUUUUUAUUAAUAGAUAUAUCUUAUUGCAUAAAAUGGUAUUCUUUGUUACAUACAGAUUGGAAGGACCACUUUUAUCACGUACUACGUAAAAGUGGACCUUUCAAUGAUUUAACACAAGUGUGGACAAAUAAGUUUAAAACCGACAUUCAAAACGUAGGUACAAAUAAUAGUUAUCUCAAACUGACAUUCUUUAGUAAAUACCUACAUCACUUAGAAGUAAUUCACACACACCCUUUUCACAUUGCAUUCAAAGUCUAGGACCAGUCUUUCAAAAUGUAGAAGU